AUGUACGCCGCCGGACUUGUCGCUCUCUUCGCCGCCGUCGUCGCGGCCCAGGAGCCCACGACCACCACCACCCAGACGUCCACCACGACGCGCACCAUCACCAUCACCUCGUGCAACCCGACCGUCACCAACUGCCCGGCCAAGUCUUCCUCGGCCCCGGUCACCACCUCCGAGGUCCCCACCACGUCGUCCGUCGUCGCCCCGACCUCCAUCAACUCGACCUCGUCGGUCCCCGUCGUCUCCUCGUCGUCGGCCCCCUGGUCCGUCUCCAACGCGACCAGCACCGUCGGUCCUACCGGCACCGCCCCCGGCACCACCGUCGUCACGGUCCGUCCCUCGGGCUCGACCACGGUUCAGGUCGUUACCUCGUCCACCACUGGCCCCGCGACCGUGCCCACGGGCGCUGCCAGCGGUCUCCAGGCCCAGGGUCUCGUUGCCGCCGCGCUGGCCGCUGCCGUUGCCGCUGCCGCCUUCUAA